AUGGCAGAGAGUACCGAAUAUAUUGAUGAGGAAGAAACACCGAUGGAGCCAUGCAUGUGGUUGCCAGAACCUGAAAUGCAAGCGGCGGUACUCUCAAGGGAGAUGGAAAUUUCAUCAUCAAUAUUGAAUCACAAGUUAAGUGAACAAGAACAUGGACCCAACACGGAUUUGAAUUUGCUUACAGCUGCAUAUGUUUCCAUGGACUCCAGUGUUUCCCCCUCACACGGAGAUUUCAUCGUACCUGAUCCUGCUAUUUAUAAACAACGCACCCCUUUGGAGAAUACUGUUCUGCACUUAGCAGCUGCCUAUGGAAAGAAUGCAAUGGUAGACAAUAUAGCUCAACAAGCUCCCUGUCUUUUUACAGUGACUAACAGCAAUUAUGACACCGCACUGCAUGCUGCUGCAAGAGCAGGCCAUGCCUCUACCAUUCGAAAUCUCUUGAACAGUUGGUUGCCUUUUAUAAGACGUGAGACAGAUGGUCAUAAAGAUCAAUUCACUUUGCAAAUGAUGCUCUUGGUGUCUUUGACUUUGUUGCGAAACAAGCAAGGAAACACUUUCUUUCAUGAGGCAUUUAUGGUUAAUGCCCAAAAUGGGGAUAAGAUUUUCAGGGCUUUUCAAGAUUCUUUCAUUACAAAUGGUUUAGAGAUGGAAGCUGAAUUUAAGAAAAUUGUCAAUCAUUUAGCAGUAUUUGCAAUCAACAAGGAAGGGAAAUCAUUAUUGUACGUGGCCAGUGAGGUUGGUUGUAAGCAAGUUGUUGAUCAACUAUUGGAUAUUUGCAUCGAAUAUGAUGUCAAGCCUCAAGGAAAAUCUCCUUUUCUUCCGGCACUUGCCGAGAGAGACAUGGAUAUGUUGCAAACCAUUCUGAUCAAGAAACCAAAUUGGAUACACUUAAGAAAUGAAGAAGGAAGGCUUGCCCUCCACGAGGCAGCGUCUAUAGGGUACCAUGAAGCUGUUUCCUGCUUAGUAAAGAAAUGUUCUUCAUGUACCAUUGAAAGGGACAACAAUGGCUACUUCCCUAUUCACUUGGCAUGUAUUAAAGGUCAUGUCAAAGUAGUUGAAAAGCUACUAAAAUACUAUCAAGAUCCCACAGAGUUGCUUGACAAAAACGGCCGAACUUUGCUUCACGUUGCCGCUAAAAGUGGAAAAUAUGAGCUUGUUAGGUACAUCCUCCAACAUCCUAAACAUGAGAUUAUGAUAAACCAGACAGAUAAUGAUGGGAAUACUCCUUUGCAUUUGGCCACCCUUCACUACCAUCCCAAAAUUGUGCAUUCGUUGACUUGGGACAGCAGAGUCAAUCUCACUGUGCUAAACCAAGAAGACCAAACAGCUCUAGACAUUGCUGAACUAAGGCAUGGCAAAAAUCCAUCCAUUGCGCAGGUACUUACAUGGAUUGCAUUGCAAUCUGCUAGUACGCCUCGAAGUUCUGCUGGGCCAGUGCUUUCAAAUGACACAUUAAUAUAUGGUGAAGAAAGAGAAUCAGCCAGCACCAAAAAAUAUAAAGAUAGACUUGACACUUUGAUAUUGGUUUCAACUCUUAUAAUAACAGCAUCCUUUGCUGCCGAAUUCGCCAUGCCGGGUGGCGUAGAUAAGGGAACAGCUGUUAUGUUGAAUCAUGGGAUGUUCCAUUUGUUCAUUCUCUCCCUCACAAUCUCCGUCUUUGGGGCUAUUAUUACAACUAUAAUUCUCUUAUGGGCUCGUUUAGAUGAUCUGCGUUUAAUGCUUUUUGCUCUGAAGUGUGCGAUGCCAGUUCUAGGUAUUUCUUUGACGACACUAUCUCUGGCAUUUUUGGCAGGUGUGUAUCUUGUGGUCAACAAACUUAGCUGGUUGGCCACUACCUUUUUGGUAUUAAGUGUGGUUUUGGCCUUCAUGGUUGUGUUCUUGUAUGCCCUUCUUUGGCUGCCAUCCUCUUCAACCAUACCAUUUGUUCGAUAUAUUUCCUAUUAUCCCUUUCUUCUUCUUGCUAAGAUAGUUGAAGGGAAAACUGAUGCUAACCACAAAGGUUCCAGACCUUCUAGUACCCUGUAA